UCGGGCGGGAACACACUUCUCAGAGACUUUUCCCCAACAAACUUCCAGAAGCUCUGGAGGACGGCCUGAAGGCCCCGGAGUGCGCUAGCAGCAUGUACAAAGACACCGUCUACUCCGCCUUCAAUCUGCUCAUGCACUACCCGCCCCCCUCGGGAGCAGGCCAGCACCCCCAGCCGCAGCCCCCACUGCACAACAAGGCCAGUCAGCCUGCCCAUGGCGUCCCCCAACUCUCUCCUCUCUAUGAACAUUUCAGCAGUCCACACCCCACACCUGCACCGGCCGACAUCAACCAGAAGCAAGUUCACAGGCCUCUGCAGACCUCUGACCUCUCUGGCUUCUACUCUCUGACCUCAGGCAGCAUGGGACAGCUCCCCCACACUGUGAGCUGGCCCAGCCCUCCUCUCUAUCCCCUGUCCCCUUCCUGCGGAUAUAGACAGCACUUCCCUGCCCCCACUGCAGCCCCUGGCGCCCCCUAUCCCAGGUUCACCCACCCAUCCCUGAUGCUAGGUUCCAGCGUACCUGGUCACCCAGCAGCCAUUCCCCACCCGGCCAUUGUGCCCCCCUCAGGGAAGCAGGAACUGCAGCCCUAUGAUCGAAGCCUGAAGACGCAGGCAGAAUCCAAAGCAGAGAAGGAGGCCAAGAAACCAACCAUCAAGAAGCCACUCAAUGCCUUCAUGCUGUACAUGAAGGAGAUGAGAGCCAAGGUUAUUGCAGAAUGCACACUCAAGGAGAGUGCUGCCAUCAAUCAGAUCCUGGGCCGCAGGUGGCACGCACUGUCACGGGAAGAGCAGGCCAAGUAUUACGAGCUGGCCCGCAAGGAGAGGCAGCUGCACAUGCAGCUAUACCCAGGCUGGUCAGCGCGGGACAAUUACGGGAAGAAGAAGAGGCGAUCCAGAGAAAAGCACCAAGAAUCCAACACAGACCCUGGCUCGCCUAAGAAAUGCCGUGCUCGCUUUGGCCUCAACCAGCAGACGGAUUGGUGUGGUCCGUGCAGGUGGGUUUGUCCCCACCACCAUCUUCCCUUUGCUUCAAGCUGCUUCCUUGACUCUGCACAUGUUCUGCUGGGCUUAUAUAAGCCUUCCUGUGGCUCCCCAGCCCCAUAGGAUACCUGCAGAUUAAAGAGCCCAUGCCUUGUAAGAAUGGGAAUGAAUACUGAACACAUCUUGUAGGGAAGAUCUUUUGGAUCUAAGUGGAAGGAGGGGGAGAGACAGAAUGUUCUAGAAGGGAAGGAAAGGCAGACUCAAGAAUGUAGUUCUGGUGCCUAGGAUCCUCGGGUAAUGAUGGUUUGGUGCUAACUAGGCCCAACUGGUCCUCAGUAGCCAAACCUCACAUCAUUCAGGUGGCCUCUGCCCCUACUCUCAGGCCUGAAAGUUAUAAUGGCCAACCAGCUCCAUCACUUCAAGUUGAGAUCCGUCUGAGCCCGUAAAUCUAAGAAAAAUAAGGUAACUGUAAUAGAGAAUACCAUGAGUUACCUGGAUGCCAAGUGACUCACCAUGUUGUACCUGAGACCAGAGGGCUGGAGAGGAAGGGAGAGAAGAGGAGAGCUGCCCUAGCCAA